UGGAUGCUUUGGCGAGUCUAGCACACGAUUGGAACGAUAUGCGGGGUGUGGGGACAUGGAUCAGGGGCGAGGAUUGCGACAAAUUCGAGAACGUGCGCUGUGAUGACGAUGGGCAUGUCAUUGCACUCAACACUAGAGGAUGCAGUCUUGUCGCCCCCCUGCCCACUGCUCUCUUCGCAUUGUCCCAUCUCAAGGAUCUUGAAUUAGAGUUGUGCAGACAAAUCCCUCGCUCGCUGCCGGAUCUCUCAGGGAAAAGUUCCUCUCCCAUGGGCCUCACCACCGUCUCUCACGGCAAUCUCAAAGCUUCCAUUCCGAAAGAACUGGGAAAUCUGCAGCAGCUCACCCGCCUGCAUUUGUUCGCCAACUAUCUACAGGAGUCGCUACCAGAGCAGCUCUCCCAGCUGCAGAAGCUGCAGUCUCUGCACGUGUCACAUCAUGAUCAUCUGUCUGGGGAGCUGCCUGCAUGGAUCUUCAGCCUCACAGACUUGACUUCACUGGAUAUCAAGGGCAACAACUUUUCAGGCUCCAUCCCAGAGGCAAUCAGCAGCCUCAAGCAGUUGCGGAAGCUGCGCAUCAUGGAGCCAAUGCUGUCAGGGUCCAUCCCCGAGUCAAUAGAAGCGCUCACCAACCUGCAAGAUCUGGAUUUGCAAGGCAGCAGAAGCAUGAGUGGCAUCAUUCCCGCGUGCCUAGGCAACCUCACCGGACUCACCGUAUUGAAUUUUCGCAAAUGCGGUCUUUCUGGUUCCAUUCCAGAGGCAAUCAGCAGCCUCAAGGAGCUGAGGAAGUUGGACCUACAGGCCAACAGCCUGAGUGGCACCAUUCCUGCCUUCAUUGGCAACCUCACCGAACUAAUCACCCUGUUUCUCAACGACAACGCUUUCUCAGGCUCCAUUCCUGGGACAAUCAGCAACCUCAUUCAGUUGUGCGAGUUGGACUUACAGAGCAACAACCUGAGUGGCACCAUUCCCGCCUCCAUUGCCCACCUCCAAGGACUCAGCUACCUUGGACUUGGCAACAAUCGCCUUACAGGGACGAUGCCUGCUGCGAUCACCACGCUCACUAAACUCGAUUACCUCAGCUUAGAGGGCAACCAGUUGACGGGAAAGGUGCCCUCGUUCGACCAUACGGACCCAUUCAAUUCGUUUAGUGGGGACCCUUUCAACGACAGCAGCAACAACGACAACGACAAUGACCUCACCGCCUCGGAAAGCCCUCUCCCUUUCAACGCUACCAGCCUUGUCAAAACUCUACAGCUGGACAGCUUGU